GAAUCUAUGGUAUAAUCGAAUCCAGCUGUACUGAACCUGGCGAAACCUGAAACCCAAAACCCAAAACUUGAAACAUAAAUAUUGUCCAAUUGAACCUCAACGGGAUUCAGGUUCAGGGUGGAAUUCCCAACUGAGAAAUAGGAUAAAUUGGAGAACAGAAGAACCCGGAACAUAAGAAGGGAUUAAGCUUCUAUGGAAGCUUGAAACACAUUAGGUAGAUUUUUCGAAUUUGAAGUAGCGCCAACGUUUUCCUUCUUAGCUUGGAUCAAUCUUAUAAUUACAACUUUUUGAGUCACAGAUUCCUUUGUGUGGGACAUCAUCUUGACGGAGGAAAUAUCAGUGAAUUAAGGAUUAAGUUCAUGGCCAGAUUACAUGUCCACGACUUUCUAUUUUGCGAACUCUGUGGCACCUCACUAAAUUUUGACUCACCUGCAUAUGCGUCUUGCCCAUUAUGCUGCAACAAGCAGGAUGUCAAUGAAUUUCGAGGAAAAGAGAUAUGGUGCAGGAUUGGAGCUGAGGAUCUAAGGAAGCAUCUUAAGCUUGAACCUUUCAUAAAAAUAGAUGACAUUGAGGACAACCCAGAAGAAGAGAUACAACAAAGGGCAGUGGUCAAUGAAGACUGCCCUAAGUGUAAACAUCCACAGCUAGAGUAUUACACCAGACAGUUACGGUCUGCGGAUGAAGGACAAACUGUGUUUUAUGAGUGUCCAAAUUGCCGCUAUAAAUUUGGACUCAAUACUUAGUUGGCUUUUUUUAGACUUCUGUCAGCCUGCUUCCUCUGAUCACUGAUUUAUUUUAUGAGCAAUUUUCUUAAUGUAAUGGUUAGAAUUGCAAUUCGUUCACAAAUGUGAGCUUAAUGUUUCAGUCUUCUCAGUAUUCAAUUAAAAAAGUUGACCAUGACAAUGCACGUUUAUUUACUUAGCUGAAUUCUUUUUAAUAAUUGUUUUACACCAGUUCUCCUUUCUUCAGCAGCGGUCAAGUUUUAAAGUGAUGUAAACAAACAAAAUAUUGUGUUUUGUCCAGUGCAGAUUCUGUAAAAUGAACUCUUUUUUAAGUCUUUCUGACAUCA